UUUGUAUAAGACGGUUGUUGAGCCUAUGGACGCUCCGUGCGCAGCUCAGAUGGGCACUCAGAGCAUUCACGAUCGAAUAGAGUAUGCGAGAUGGAAAGCCCGUCUGACACAGUAUUAGAAAAAGUCACUGACUUGAAUCUAAUGGUUGACUAUGAUUCGCGGGACCUAUAAUAACUCAAAGCUAAAGGACCAUAGUAAAUAGUUGAAAAUCGAAAUUCAAAAAGUUGCAACUUCUCAAGGCGGUUUGUCAGAUUUUGCAUGACAGGGGUCGAGCGCAAUGACUGUUGCAUACAGCGUUUUCAACGACAAUCACCGCUGUACACGAGGACUGAACAUCUUCACAGCCGAAUAUUCGACAAAGCGUCGCACUGGUGAUUCACCAGUCGCGUCAUUAUGUCGUCGCUACCGGAUGGAGGCUAGAUGCCUGAAAAUGCUUUUCGGUCCUGUCGCAGUCCUACUUCCUUGGCUGCCAGCCCGCGCCUCAGUUUCUGAGACGGGGGCUAGAGCCCUGAUCAGUGGCUGCAACAGUAUCCGUCUAUUACUCGUCUUUACCCUGCUUCUAUUUGGUGACAUCUGCAGCGGGUUGGGCGGCACUAGCACCUCGUUUAGCUUCGGAUCAAGCAGCGGGUCAACCUCUUCCUAUCUACCUCCGCACUGGCUGAGUUGGAACAAAAGUAUCCGCACGGUGCAAGUGGCACAGGGAGUUCUACGAGGCCGAGUGCUCUCCGUUCGAUCGCCGGUCACGGUGAGCACCAGGCUUCGGGACGUCGAAGUGUUCCUCGGAGUCCCGUACGCUGCACCGCCAACGGGUCGACUACGCUUUCACCCACCACAGCCGCCCGCAAAUUGGGAAGGGGAACGCGAACUAACCAAGAUGCCUCCCUCGUGCAUACAGGCCUUCCCAAAUAUAUCCGGCGGCGAGGAACAGCUCAGCGCCCGAAUGUCCACCGCACGACUUAACUACCUGCGUAAGAUGAGGUCUGUUGUCGAUGGAAGCCAUCAGAGUGAGGACUGCCUUUACCUCAACAUCUAUGUCCCAGCAACGUUGCAGAUGUCGGAAAGUCGUCAAUUGCCAGUUCUGGUAGUGUUAUCGGCGGGUGACUCGUAUUCGUGGGGCAGCGGAAAUCAUGUAGAUGGCUCAUUAACGGCUGCCUAUUCGAAUGUAAUUGUAGUUUCUAUUAACUAUCGGCUCGGAGUCCUCGGUUUUCUGUCUUCAGGUAGUCCUUCGUCGUUCUCAAAUGUGGGACUUCAAGACCAGUUGAUCGCUUUACGCUGGCUACGAACCAAUCUAGGAGCAUUUGGGGGUGACCGGGACAAAGUGACCUUAGCGGGAGCAGGACGUGCCGCUGCCAUGGCACACCUGUUAGCGAUUAACGCACGAGCUGCCGAUUUGCUACGGCGCCUAGUGCUAGUUGGCGGUAGUGCGUUAUCUUCAUGGGCCGUUUGCACUGACGGACCAGAACAGACAUUGCUGUUGGCGCGAGCGUUGGGCUGCAAAUCUGAACGUACUAGUUCGUCAUUAGAAUCACCAAUGGAGUGUUUCAGGGAGAGUCCUGUCGAAGAGCUUGUAAGAGCUUCGUUAACUCUUCAAGUACCGGAUCACCUUUGCGGGCCAUUCGGUCCCACCCCGGAUGGAGAUAUGGUCCCUAUAGAUGUGUACGAAGCGUCACAUCCAGAGGGACGCCAGAUACCAUUUUCACAAAUUGACCUUGUCGUAGGCGUUACUAAAUGGGAAAGUCUACAACUGUUUAAUGACUACCAGCGUGUUCAUGGAAUCGAACUCUCUUUUAAAGAGAAGACCCUACGAACGUUGAUUCGCAAUCUUUUUGUGUACCAUCAAAACGAGAUAUUGUUUUCAGUGUCGAAUGAGUAUACGAAUUGGUCCCGGGGUGAGUCGUCGACGCUUGAUAUACUUCAAGAUACCGCUGACGCUUUAUCAGAUUCGACGGUCGUGGCGCCUGCAAUUGAGGUCACGGCGCUACACUCCCAUCUAACAGCUACUGGCAAAAUUCAGCGCUCAACGCAUCUAUUCGUAUUUUCGUAUCAGAGCAGCAACUGCGAUUAUAGUCAUCUGUAUACCUGUACGCCGGGGGCAGAAGAUGCGUUUAAUUUCCUUCUUGGGGUGCCGCUACUUGAUGCGCUCCCUAGUGUCAACUACAGCCGUCAGGAUAUGCAAGUCUCUGAGCUCAUGCUCAACUAUAUCAGCAAUUUCCUACGGACAGGACAGCCAAAUUCGAGCACGAUCGAGACGUUUGAAACGGUAACUCAGGUGCGACCAUCUCGACCAGUCACCGAGGAAAUCUCCUGGCCACCGUACGAGUCCGUGCAUGGAAUCUAUCUAUUAGUUGAUACCAAACCACGUUCACUACAACAUUUCGAGGCUCAUCGAAUGUCAUUGUGGAAUCGACUCAUACCUGCGCUGCAUCGGCCCGACAUCGUUGAUAGUAACGGUACUCUCGUAAUGGUCGGUGACGACGAGCUAGACAUCAGUGAAAAUCGAAAAGGAAACAAUGAUGCCUCGGAGGGGCUCACUUUUCCCCGCGGUUAUCCGCUUUCGCAGAGCCCAUUCGUAUUCCGGUUACCUUCUCUCGUCACGCUACAAUCGACAUCGCAGCCUCAACAAUCGAUACAACCACGACGCGUAGCUUUCGAUCCUGCGUUGAUGGCUCCAGUAUCCUCGCCCAUGCCUCCUUCGGAGUCCCCGUCGGGCAACAGCGCGACUGUUUCAACGCCGUUGGACCAGAUUAUGCUGUCUCUCGAGAGUCUGGCUUCGGGACCCUAUUCGAAGGCAUUGUUCAUCACGAUAGCCGUCGGCUGUUCUCUGCUUGUCGUUAAUAUAUUGGUUUUUGCUGGAACAUAUUAUCAGCAUCGAACAGAAUCAGAUCAUCACCAAAAAAAUAGGAAGACCCAGCACCGAGAGGGCAUCAGAAAUGUAGAGCACAAGAUGCCAGCCACUUGUGCAGGACAUGACUCGCCAAUGAUGUUUCAUCUACAGCUCACGGAAAAGGCCUCGCAGAAAAGCAACGGAAACUACAAUCAUGUCGAAUUUACAAAUGAUGAGGUGCAACUGGGAAUAAUUAACUUGUACAAUCUUGGAGAAGGACAUCAGUUAUUAGCUGAACUUACCGAUGUCACAGCGUCACCUCUACAGGAGGACACCGGCCCCGAAAAUGAACAGUUAAUGCGGCCUUUACUUGGAAAUUUUAAUAUUCGGCAAGCAGACGCCACCUCAGAGGCCCGAGGCAACAUCAAUGCGAUGAGUGCUUACAAAGAGCCUGACUAUCAAAAUAUAGCUGAAACCAACCAAAGCCUAGACAUCCCUAGCACGAACACUAGUGAAACAACGGUCUGAGUUCGCUCGUGUUGUAAAGGCUGGACAGUAUCCAACGGACAAAUCACCUUUGUAAAUAUACAAAAAGAAAAACAAAGAUGAUGUCGUAUUGUCUUGGGAGAGUUCUUCCCGAUGAUACAUCUAGUUGAAAAACGUAACAAACAUGUCGAUGUAUAUAUACUGUUAUAGCAAUUGAAUAAAUUAAUUAUUACAUAAUACGAUAAUUAUUACAUAGAUUUUUACAUGUCGUAAAACGAUUCAGAGAGUUGGCACUACUAUUUAUUUAUUUUGGUACAGUAUGAUUUUUAGUGGAGUAAUAUCUGUUCCAUGUGAUAGGUUGUGUAUCGCAGAUUCGUUUGGGUCUAAUUUGGUGCCACAAUAGAUCUCGAUGCUAGUACUAAUCAGACGUGAACAUACGGAUACGGAAAAGCUAAUUAAAUUUACUAACACUAACUAUUUAUCAAGGGUAAUAAUUCAAGUGAAGCAUCAGGGGUGAAGAUUUUGCGACUUGAUGUCGAUGUAUUCGUUACAUACAUACAUACAUACAUUGCUCUUAAACGGCGGCGCUUAAACCAGACUCUUCGGCUUACAUAUUCCUUAUUGCAUUGUUUUUACGGCAAAAAAUUAGAUUGACUACUUCUAGUAUUAUAAGUAUUAAUUGUGCAACUACGUCAGGAGCCUAUCCGUUAUGUACAAAUAAAAGUUGUGGCCUAAAUCAAAGGUGAAAACCGUUCUCGUCUAGUGAAAAGUAGAAGUGGAAGCCGUUAGCCUACAAAUAGCGAACCUCAAGGUAUUACGAACUAGAUUAGGGUCUAAUAAGGGAAAGUUUUUUCAUUCAGCCGUUAUAUAAAAAAAACUCAGUAUUGUGCUUUUUAAAGCCAGCGUUCAAUCCGAUCAACGGACAUAACAAUGGCAUUACUACAAGCUGACAACGUAGGGGAUUUUGAAAGCGCGAAAGGUUCUGCUCCAAAAUAUUAACAAGGAUUCUAGCAGAUCGUCGUUUCUCCACUGUACACUUCUUAUAUUUUUCUACUCAACGGCCUCUGUUAAAGUCCAUCGAGGACUUCUGCAAUGAUCAUUUUCAUAUACCUUUCAGCCCGCGUGCAAGACAAGAUGUAAAACCGUUCAGGUCAUUGUUGUAGAUUCAACUGCGCAUAUCGAACUUCCAGCAUGCAUAGAACGUACAUUAUGUCGAACCUUGUCAGUGCAUAUAUAAUAUAUAUUGCGUAUAUUGUACUUAUGGCAAGAGUCGGCUGCUGACGACUAGCGACUAACUGGUCGGUUAUGAGGUAUUAUACAUCCGCUACCGGCCGGAACCGGAAAUACAUUUAUUGUGACUAUAUACUUGGUGCGUCCGUUUCACUCAAACACGCCAUCGGACGGAAUGCCUUCAUCCCAUGCCUAAUCUUUCGUGAUAUCUCCUAGGUUGGCUGCGUGAGCGAUAUAUGUACUGCAUGACCUGCCUCUUGACGCUAACACCGAAGUUCUAAUCUAGGCAGCGGCUUCCGGAGUGUGUUAGACUACUGCCGUGGGAAGUGCAGAACAAUGGGCUCUUUGGGCCGGAACGUUUGACGCGGACGGGUUACCGUUUCUGGAAUUCAUCUCCGCUGGAGAGACGGGCCUCCUGUUGCUGCUUAAAUACAGAACACCCGGGGGUUUAGGCUGACAGUAACUUCGGCUAAACGCUUCUAGUAAGCUCUUCGUGACCAAAUGGAUCGUCCGCUCUACUAGCCUGUUUGGUUGCAGGUAGGCUACGGUGGCUCUAUUAUGGCGAAAACCUGCCAAAUGCUGUUGGACGCACCGAUCCCGAAAGCAAUAUACGUUAUCCAUGUAAACGGCGCCUAUGACACUAUAUCGGUCCUAAAGAGUAGAAAGGGCCUUACCGGGGCUCGUUGUGUCAAUUGUUCAACUAGAAAAGGUGAACGAAACGGGCGUAACAGUCUAUAAUUAUUAGCAUUUUUCCUACACGUGUAAAGGCUCCAUAAAAUCCAUGCCUACCCUGGCGAGAGGAGGCAUCGACGGUUUUAUAGACAUCUAAGGCUGGCCUCGCUCAUUGCUUGGUCUUGUCCUUUGACAAACUGCCGAUACAACCUAUAUCUUCGCUGAAAUAUUCUUCUCUAUAGAUAUAUAAAUAGAAAGAUGAGCCGAUUAAACUUAAAUAUCCUUAAUUUCAGAAAACAAAUACUCGACUGCUCGCGGAGAAACCAGCUAGAGGCCCCGAGGCCCUGAAUGGUUCAGCGUGCUUUCUAGUACUAAAAAUUGGCCGGCCUUUCUAUCUUUCAACGACAAGACAACCUAGCCAAUCUAUUAGUGCGUGGUCGCCACAAGCGAUCCAGAGUCGGUAUUGUAAUUUUUGUGGAAUUUUGCCACUUUUAGGGGCGAUAGCUACGGUUUGCCGUGCCUCUCUGGUGCUAUAUAUUGAAAUCAUAUUCUAACAUCUUCAAGCCCGAUCAGACUAACCAGGCAGAGAGAUUCUAUGCAGGUAUUUCAGCACGCUACUGUCGGUGGCUAGUAUCAGCUACUGCCUUUACUGUCCAGACAGCAGCCAAGCGUUUCGUCUCCGACGAGUACCAUCUUCCCUCUCGAACUAGCGCUGCACGUCAACGUCAAGCUAAACGGAUACCGCCUUCAGGCCAAUCCUACUUGCGGCAGGACUUUCCGCAAACACUGCAACAUUCGUCCGCUUGUCAAAAUCUUUUUUAAACGCGCAGCUAAGUCACCUAUAACUAAAAAGCCGGAGAUAUAACUGUACAAUAGCAUUCUAAUUCCUGAUUUUUUUCCUUUCUGCAUGACUGACAUGUGCAGAUGCUGGAACGUCAAGUGGGACUACAUUAUUUACAGAAUUAAACGAAAUGAGACUAAAUAGACAAUAGUUUUCUUCAGCCGGCCAUUGGAAUAAACAACAAUUAUUAAAAAAAAUCCAAUCGUACGCAGUUGGCUUUGAAAACAACCAAUAACGACCUUUUCGGAAAAUCUUGUAAAUGAUGCUACCAACUGGUCCUUAAAAUGUUUCCGAUAGUAUCUCUUUUUCUUGUUUAAUUAUUCCCUUAUUCUAGUUUUACCAGAUUAUCGCUUAUCAGUUUGUUUACGUGGACUCAGUUUACUUAGGGUGUCCUUCUGCAUAGCUAUUUGCAUAAGUGAAUAGAUCCUGCAGGGCAUCUUCUCUUAUGCAUCUUCAAUGCAGUCUGACGACAAGGACGAUCAUACAGGCGAUAGAGGUAUUCAUGGCUGGCAGAAAUGUUCAAGGAAAUCCGGCCGAAAUAUCCAACAUAAACUUUAAGGUUACUUUCAUGGGCCAGGCAGAUAAUAAUGAUAAUAGACAUAUUUCUGUGUGUGUAUCUAGCACAUGUAUUUGCAUCCUAGAAGACACCUUUAUCAACUACUGGCUAUGUCGUGGAGCUGAGGAUUGCUAGUGUGAUAAACACCUUUUUCGAAUAUUGUUCUAAAGGAAAUUAUAGGAAAUUAAAUGUGUCGAUUCUGAAAUUCAAGGACCACCACUACUAUUCUGAGUAAUGCUGCAUAGAUGCAUACGUCGCCUGAUCAAUCGCAGUAAGUGCCAGGCUUAUAUGGACUCCUUGAGUUCGAUGAGGUUUACACAAAGAUACGUGUGUGUAUCUAACAAAGAAACAGUCUUCAAAGUACGACUAAUACUUGAAACAGUGCGCUUGGAAAUUUCCUACAAUUUCUGCUUGUACAACUAACAUACAAAUCAUGUGACAGAGCAAUUACGUACUCAAUUCUCUGAAAAAAAUGGAACUCGAAAGAUAAAAUAAAGAAGCCACUAACUAAAGUUCUAUUUAACAAUUAAAAAUAAUACGCAAAGUUUAAUUUGCUUCUACUAGUGUCGUAUUUUUUUACUUACAG